ACUUCUACUUUAAAUGAACUGUUUCUGUGUGUAUUUGCUCUGUCAUUUUAAACCUUAUUUUCGUAAUGAACUUAAUCUCCUUUGACACAGCAGGAAAAGUAGAAAGAAAAUCAAAUUUGUUAUCAAGCAGCGUGAUUCUUCUCGAUCCUUUAACUCAAAACUGGUUUUGUUUCAAGUCAAGUCCUUCCCCCUUUUAUUAUUCCGGGUGGAAAUAUUUCGGUGGAUAGUAGUAAUUAUACACUGUGAAUGAUAAGAGGAACUGAGUGCUGAGAAGUGACAAUUUAGGGACACUUAUCUUCUGAUCUAUUUUUUUCUCGGAUUUAUUCAGGUAUUGAUCUUUGAGCGUCAAUACACCGCACCUAACGCUGAGAGUUAAGACUCAGUCAGAACGAAGCGCUGGAACAAGGAACAUCAAAAACAACCUUGCAGACCUCCCAGAACUUCCGAUAGAGGGCGUGAGCAAGACAUGUCCACGACUUGAUAAAACUUUUGUUUGUUUUUAUGUGCGAGAAAACGACACCCCAAGAAUGCUAGUGUGUCACAUUCGUAGGUGUGCAAGCUGAGGUGAGACAAUGGGUUUUAGCACUCAUCGGUUCGUUGGAACGGUGGAUCCUAAUUUACUGUGCGGAAUUUGCAGCUCCGUAAUAGAAGAUGCUGUGUUAACUCCGUGUGGACAUUCGUUUUGCUACUCGUGUUUGGAAACUUGGAUGAGCAAGCCGCGGGUCAACUCAUGUCCGGAAUGUAGGCACAUCAUGACCCUGAAGGAAGCCAAACCGGUCCUGUGUAUACGUAAUCUUGUCAACGGUUUUGACGUCAUGUGUGACAACAGUGACCGAGGAUGCAAAGUGGUUGUAAAACUCGAAAGGUUAAAGCCGCACUUAGAAGUUUGCGGAUACACUUUGGUAAAGUGUGCUGGUUGUUCUGAUAUGGUAAGUCGCUCUGAACUGGCGAACCAUCAGAUGACUUGCGAUGGUAUUGCAGCUUCCCUAAAGGACGAAAACUACGAUUCGUACAUGCACAAAUCUAUGGCAGCGUUAACUCUAGAAAAUAAAGCUACCUCUAUCGAACUUUCAGGACUUCUGGCAAAGAUAUCAUCCCUAGAAUUUCAGUUAAAGACGUUAAAAAGAGACCUGCAAAUCUCCGAGUCCAAAAAUCGUGUCCUCGAAAGAGAGUAUAGGAAGACAAAAGACGAGUUGCAACAAAAGAGGAACGAGAUUCUAGAUGUCCAGUACGCCGAAUUCGAUCCGGACUACGAUUAUGGGUACACGCCGCAAAGCGUUGCCAAACUGUCCUUACUUAUCGCAAGGUUCCUGCUGAAGAAACCGUCGUACGUUGAUAGCGACAAGAUCUUUGCCGCCGUCAAGCGGUCGUAUGACCAGUACGCUCGGUGCGGAAGUCAGUACGAACAUGACGUACACAUGCUGGUCGCCACCGCUUUCGCCAGCGACUGGUUUUCCGAGAGCCAAAGAAUCAACUUUCAUUGCUGGCUACAAAGCAUUGCUAGGUACCGUCAAUACUCGAACUCUGGGAUGGACUCAUGCGAGCAUCGUUUAUAUCAGUGAAGGAGGAAAAUCGUUUCAUCCAGAAUAUGUAGAAAAGAAAAUCAUAACAAAACCGAUGCUAGUGCCAGCUUCGUUUAGAUAACUUAGAAUCGAUCAACCCUUUUUUCAUCAAGUUAAAAAAAACCAUGGCCAUGUCAUUGCUUUUAUACACUUUCAGUGUUUGUGUCGUUCAUCAUAGAUAUCAGGCGGACCUGAUAAUAGCAUGGACAUAAAGAUUUAUUGACAGGCUUUUGGGUGGACAUACCCCUCUUAUAAAAUCUUUUAUAGUGGUUAAUAGUUUCGGCAGUUUAAAUCCCUGGUUAUUUACUUGUAACCAUCUUUCACAGUGGGAACUGAUACCAUAGUGUCAGAUUCUCGUUAUAAGCUCGAUAAUCUAGACCCACCUUUUCGUGUUAAGAUAUUGGACUUGCAUGAUUGGUUUCGCAAAAUUGUUCUCUAAAAAGUGUAACAACCCUUCGAUCGUCAAUUGAAGGUUAUCUUCGUGUGUUGACAUUGAGAGUUUUAAAAAACUUCACCACAAAAACUCACAAAUACACAGUAAUUAAAUAUUCUUUAAACUGAAAUUCUUUUUCAUGUAUAAUUAUUUUCUUUGUAUGGCCAAUUAGAGACGAUACAGUUGUUUUUUGCCUCUAAAAAUUUCAUUGCGUAUUUAAUUUCGGUUCUUUUUUUUCUUUUUUUUUUUGAAAAUAUCGGUAAAACGGUAUAUGUCGCGUCACCUGAAAUUAUGCAGAACUAAUUCAUCACAUUAAUUGCCUGUAGAUGAAAUAAUGUCUGAAUUAUACGGUGAACUUGCGGUAUCGAUCGCGAGUUAUUUAAAUUUAGAAAUCAUAAGUACACAACUUUUAGUUUACAAAGAAGGAUUGCUUAUGUAAUGUUUUUUCUUGGGAAAUUGAUGAUGUUUUCUUACAUUAUAUACAUGUUAAUGGCGAAUUUCUUUCAGUAUUAUGUAUGCCAAAUAUUAACACAAUUUACACAUGAAAGAAAUUCUGUUAGGCGAUUGCCUUUUCUAUUGAAUUUUAUAUUUGAGUUAAAAACAAGACUUUAUGCCCUUUUAAUGACACAAAAACCUAAAAAUUACUUAAAUUUACAUGUACUCUCUACCUAAGCAAUGUUGUUUAGUUAUUUUAUGCGUUUAAGUUCAUUCGUAUAUAGAUGGGAGAUUCGCCGAGUUUUCCAUGUAUAUUCCUGUUUUUAAGAGUUAAAAUGUUUUGUGUACCUGUAUUUCACCUGUAUUCUCACCUGAGAUUUUGUUCGAAUUUUAGUUGUUGCAUUUUAUAUACCACCUGUAAUUUGAUAUUCAGUCAUUUCAGUUCCUAUACAUGUAUGUAUCUACCAAAAAAUACAACAAUUUCUUUGAUGUACCAGCAUUUUCUACAUUUUUCAUCGCUGAAUUCGAACAGUAAUAAAGCUUUAAUUUGACA